AAACACAACUAGUGCAAUCGGCCAGUGUCAACCCGACAGAGAGUGAAGGAAAAUCGUAAAGUCAUCUAGUGAAAGAGUGACAGGAGUAUUGGAAGUCUCGCGAUUGGUCCCUCAUUUACCAUUUAACCAUUCCGCGGGUGGAACGCCAGUCCUCAGUGGUGUGUGUUUCAUUGUGUUUAGUCUCUCCACUUAAACCUCCCAUCUACCAACUGAGAAAACCCAUUGUCAAGUGGUACAGAUUUUUCCACCGAUAAAACACUGACGUAAAAUACCGAUUAUUUAAUCCCCCCCAGUUCAGUGUUGUUGAUAACGAAUGAUAAAAAAAAAUUUGUGACGAGGGUGUAACAAGACAGUGCGGGCAUUUUGGAAUCAAUCGAGAGAUCCAGAUUGAAAGGAGACGGUAGAGACACCAGUGCUGCCCCUACCCAGUGGACGACAUUGUAACACAACAUUACAUACGGAGAAUUCAUACGUAUGACGACAAGAAUGAAGAGGCAGGCCGAUUCUGUUCUGCUACUGGGUUUUCUAUAUUUAGCUAGCACCCUCGCCACGAUCCAGGCUGUGCAAUACUCUGGACCAACGGAAGCUAUCCUCGAGGGACAACCGUGGCGAAUAAACUGUCACAAUCCACCUGGAAAUCAAGUGGCGUGGAGGAAAAAUGAACAAGAAAUCGCGCAACUCAAAACUGGUGAGAUUGCGGUUGAUCCACUUAAGAAUGGAACAUCAGCGCUAUACAGUAACUCAGCUAAGGAAGAGCACAUGGGGAAGUACCAGUGUGCUAAGGGCAACGAAUCCUUCACCUUGGAGAUUAAAAGCGCAAUCAAGUAUGAAGUUGUGGUGAAGGAGCAUUUACCAUUGAAUUUGGAUUGUGAGAAUCGUACGGGUAAUGAAAAAGUCCUUUGGUUCUACGAGGAUAAACCAAUAUCGGAGUAUUUAAAGGGUGUGAGCAAGCCAUCGGUUCAGAUUAAUGAACACAAUGACACACUCAGUAUCACAUCCACUACGAAUGCCACGGGAACAUAUGUUUGCAAUGUCACUGGAAUUGCUAAUGCCAGCACAACUUUCAAAAUAGUUGGAAAACCAUAUCCAGCAAUUUUUCCUCGAUCAGUGACAGUUGUGGAGGGUGAAAAGCUGUUAUUGUCUUGCACAGACGACACUCACCUCCCAGGUAUCAAAGUACAAUGGGAAUUUGCGAGUAAAAAUUACACAACGGACGAGGGACGAGUGAAAUUGCUACGAAAUGGAAAUGUUAACGGUGGUACACUGUCCGUGGAGAACAUUGGCAAGAACGAUCGCGGUGACGUAAAAUGCUACCUGGGAUACGACUGGAAUAAAUUUGAUGAUCUUCAUGUUUCUGGCAAGGCUGAAUUAACCCUCCGAGUUAAGGAUAGACUGGCAGCACUGUGGCCAUUCCUCGGUAUUUGCGCGGAGGUCGUUGUCCUGUGUGCAAUUAUUCUCAUCUACGAGAAAAAACGUAACAAAUCGGAGCUGGAGGAAUCCGAUACUGACCAAAGCCCUGACACCAAACCGACGCCCAACAAGGACUCGGAUGUAAGGCAGAGAAAGUGAGCAGCAAGGAUGUUAUAAAUCAUGAAAAAUUAGGCGAAGUAGAAGCACCGGUGGGGCACACUUAACAAUUAAAUAAUCAAACUGGACCCGUGAGAGUGCUCACCCAUCAGCGCUCAUACCUUAUUAAUAAUCUUUAAAAGGGAUGAAAUAAUGGUUCACUGUGACGAACAAAUGUGAUGUACUUGUUGUCGAGAGGCUAGUCACCACCGUUGCCCUCUUCUUCGUCAUCCAGGAAUGAGAAUAAAACAGAUAUAAAUCUUUAUCGAAUGACCAGUGCACUGAUGUCAGGAUAGAACAAUGCUGGAGGUAUAGGUCAUUCGAAUCGAGCAAGGUUGUGCCUUGUCCGAGCGUCAACUUCUCCUUCAUCAUGUGGAAUAUUUUAUUUUCUUUCGGUUUUAUUCGACAAUGAUAUUUACCGAGGGAACAUUAUCAUUAUUGGUUGAAUGCAUCUUUGUUGGCUUUUAGUGUCAUUUAAAAAACAAAACGGAAACCAAUUAUUAACGUAAUAUAUAUGAGAAAUGUUAUGCGCACUUACGAUGAAAAUUGAAAUUAGAAAAUCGAUCGUGCGCACGGUACCGUAGUAUUAUAAUUAUUGUUAUUGCCAUCAAAAUUCCAUUAAUGUGUGAAUUAUUCGACGACGCUUGGAAAAAAACUGCCGUCGCUGUCGUUGAGAUUUCAAUCGGUUGUUGAUCAUUAGUCAACAAUCCGAUGAACUUUAUAGAUUUUAGAAUGAAUAUUUAUCCGUUAGCGGAUUCGGAAAUCAUGAACUGUAUAAUUCGUUUUUUUUUUCUCUCUUUUACUUUUUCUCUUCUAUUGUUGCCAUCUGGGUCGGGGAUGAAAAUGUGCCUCCGAACAAACAAUGAAAAAUGAACUAUAAUGUACCAUUUAAUCGCAUUGAAGUAACUUUAAUUGAGCCAAUGUGUGUCGCUGAUAAAUCAUAGAGUGUGUGUGUGAGACAUAUGCGAAACUGAAAAACACUGAAAAUUGGACAGGGUCACGACAAUGGCCUUGCCUGUAGUAUCUCGUUAGGCCGACCCAAUUCCUGAGGAAUGUAGAAAGAAAAACAAAAAACCUCGAGUGUCACGUGCAUACUAUUGUUGUGGAUCUAAAACUUCAGUGACAAUUCUUCAAAAACAAAACAAAAGGAAUACGUAAACAAGGGACAUAGUUGUAGAGUUGACAGGAUCAGGCAAUGUACAUCACGAUAAAAACGAGUGAGUAUCAGAGUGAGAGAUAAAUCAAGUUUCUGCCACGAAUAGCAAAAGGUCUCUGCACGAAUAGGCAAGGGAACGCUAGCGCACACUGGCAAUUUACUACACUCAGUCUUCUAUAAAUAAGAUAAUUAAACAACAAACAUGUUACAGCAUUAAAAUUAGAGUUAAGAGAGUGUUUUAACGUUAACGAUUUAUUGAUGAAUAGAGGAUGUGUCCAGAGGAACCCAUAUGCCUUUAAGUUAAGUACUUAAAUAAUAAAAAAAAAAGGAGCAAAAUAAAA